AUGAUGAUGUGCCGUCUGCUGUGCACCCUGCUGGUGCUCGCCCUGUGUUGCUGCCCGUCCGUGUGCGCGGCAGGCACUCAGGAGGCUGUUCAUGAACCUUCGAAGAACACGACGACGAACACGAAAUCACAGGCAACCAAAAUAACACAACCAAAAGCAGGAGAGCAGUCCUCCACUGAACAGGGCACAGAAGGUAGUCCAGACACAGAGGAGGUCACAACCGGAAAAGAGAACGUGCAGAAUACCGUGGAGACGGGAAUUCCUUCCAGGUCGUCGUCUGCCGCCAGCAAGCCGCCCGUACAACAACCAACGCCACUAUUAGCACCAUCACCGGCAGCACCAUCACCAGAACGAUCAGCACCAGCACCAUCAGAAGAAAAAUCAACAGCACCGAGUUUUUCAGCAGGAGAAGGAAGCCGUAGAGCACCAAACGUCGCACAGAACUCAAAGGAAGAAAAGAAUGAAAAAUUGCCGUCAGAAACCGAAACGGAGUCCAAAGCGGUGGAACAGCCUUCAGGGAAUGAUGUGGCAGAGCAAGACAGUCCAGCGCGAACAACAGCAUCACCCAUUCCCGCAAGUGGCGGUGCCGAUGACCAGAGAAAUGAGGACGCGGAUAAUAGCAAUGCUCGAGUGCUUAAAUCCGAAGGAACACAUGAGAACUCCGAAACUGGUUAUAUAAACCUUGCUUCUACAGCCGGUGAUGCAGCAACACAGACAGAAAAAGCACCCGCCGACGCCAAAACAAACGAUACGGCGACACGUGGCGACAGUGACGGCAGCACCGCGGUCUCCCACACCACCUCCCCUCUUUUGCUUCUUCUUCUUGUUGUUGCGUGUGCGGCUGCUGCUGCGGUGGUGGCCGCGUGA